AUGAAGCUCUUCCUUCUCCUCUCUGCUCUCUGCGCUGUCGCUCUCGCUCAAAUCACCUGCGAAAGAUACUGCAAUGGUGCUCUUGAAGCUCCUAACUGCAUUCCUCCUCGUUUCGAUGUCUGGCAGACCAAGCCAUGCUUCGCUAGAUGCGUAAGCAACUGUAACAGCAACAGUGUGAACUGGUGUGCUUUCAAUAGAUAUAAAUGCUGUAUGACUGCCGCUGCAUUCAACAACACCAACAAAUGCUGGCCUCAAUGGAACGCUGCUUCUUAA